AUGCCUGACGAUUCUAAAUCAAACACAAGUCCAAAGUCGAAGCCGGUCACAAGAAGCUCCAUUCGGCAGUCUCUCAAUCUAGCAUCUGUUGGUAAAGCUUUUGCAGAUGCAAUAAGCAAGGAUGGGAGGGAGGCUAGUAAAAACGCUAAGAAGAUUAAAGAUACUUCAAGACGUAACAGCUCCCUCGUCUCAUUACCACCGGCUCCUCGUGCAUCCAUGGGCGACGCAAGACCAUCCUCACAGAAUUCAAAGAGAACAUCAACCCCAGACUCCAAGCCAAUUUCUCGAAGGCGAGUCUCUACAUCUAACCAACGCGCAUCUCCAGAGGAGCCAUCUCCUAAACCUAGCGAAAGUGCCACCCCACAGCCGAUAGCACCUAUUACACGCACCUCCACUCUCCGUCCCCGGAAUAUCAAUGGCGCCUCUGCGUUGCCAAAGUAUCGACCAAAAUCUGCCGUUACCGAAAUUGUAAAACCACCUUCUCCGACAAGGGCUGGCACCCGUCGUCGAUUCAGCGCGUCGGACGAUGAAAAGAAGGAACAGUUGAAACCGACGCCAUCCGUCUCUCCAGCAGAAAAGACCUCACGCCCAAUCAGUCCUCUUCCCCAAAGAGCUGCACUGAAAACGAACCUCACGAACUCUGUCAAUGCUACGCCUCCAGCGACUCCAUCUAAAACCAAGCUAGCUACCCCAGGGUCUGCCAAGGGUUCUCCUUCGAGACCCGCCAAGAUCGUCAAAACUACUCAAGCUACCACCACUAUUUCUAGGCCACCAUCCUCUAGUUCAUCAUCUCUCUUAGCACCUCCAGUUGCUACUUCGUCUAUUCUUCCCAAGUCAUCCACUCCGAAAGGGUCAACGCCUAAAGCUACAGGCCUCAAGGCCAAACUUGGAUUAUCGCGUUCUGCACAAGAUAAAGCCAAACUGACUAGUGGUUCAACAAAUGUUCAUAAUCCACCAAGUAGAGAUUCGCCUUCGCCACUUGCCCAACGUACGAGAAAAAAUGUCAAGGCACCUACCCCUGCAUCCUCUAGUUUAUCUGCACAAUCCAGCAACAUGUCCCACAUCUCAGAGGGCAAUAGCGAAGACGAAGAUAGCGACGCUGACGAUGUUGCCUUGCUCCUUGCUCCUGUUGCGGCCAUUACUGCACCAACACCUGCCAUGCCCAAAAUAACAACUAGUCGGCAACGUCUCGUACCACAAACGCCUACUAGGGUCAACCUCCCUUCUCGAGGCAACAUGUCAUAUUCAUCUCCUCUCCCACCUGACGCUGGGGAGAAGACAUCAGGGCAUCUUAGACCUCCACCGCGCGAAACAGCCAGUCAACGCGCGAUGCGCGGGUCAAUCAUGUCAUGGGAACAACUUGCAAAUGAGCAAUCUGUGUCAUUAGGAGAGGAUGAAUUCGGACGUAUGCUCUCGGAAAUACCUGCUCCCUUUCGUUCUGGAGCGGCCUCCCCAAGCUUAAGCUCCCAUAUUGACAUGCCUGAAAGUCCUUGUUUGAGCGCAAUUGAUUCUCCUGGCGGAUAUGGAUCGAUUUCACAAGUCUUGCUUCCGGAGGUGACUCCCUCUCCGGCGAUACACCAAAGUCUCGCACAAAGCCGAUUCAAUUUAUCCCCAGACACAGCUGCCAUGGAUGCUUCGACUUUAACACUUCUACGCCUACAAUUGGCUGCUGCCGAAAAUACGGCAAAAGAACGCCUGUUUCAGAUUCAAGCUAUGGAAGAAGAGUUCCACCAUAUCCAACAAGCGCAUAACUUACAAAUCGAGGAAAUGCGAAUGCAAAUGCAAUACAUGGAAACUCAAUGGCGGGCAAGCGAGGAGCAGAAUCCUCCAGUAGCUUUUCUUGAGGAACAAAUUCAAAGAUUGCGAGAUGAAGCAGUUGCUGAGGCGGUCGCUCGUUGUCAGGAAGAUGCCCGUAUUGCCACUGGAUUUACUAUCAAGGCAGAGCAGCUGAAGCAGGAAGCAUUGACUUCGGCACGGCUGGCAUCUUCUAGCUGGGAAACAUUCCAUGAAGCUUGCGACAUGGAAUUGAGCCUGUUACAGGGGGAUAAGGCGUUACUAUCGACACAUUGGCAACAUGUGUCAUUCACAUACCUUAUUUAA